AUGACAACUACGAUCGACACGAUCAAGCAGUGUCUGACCGAUGCUAAUUUGGGCAACGAUGCCAAUAAAUACUAUGAGAUAGGUAUCUCGGCUGUUCAAGCCUUACGCCAAGUCCAGUGCUGCUACCGGUGUUGUCUUCGUUUCGUGAGCGCUCGCGACCUGAAACUUUACACCGUCUCUGAGCAGGAAUUAGGCUCCCUAUUUUCUCAAUUGCUCAAAGAGAAUCACUCGGUAGACGUUUGUACCGCCUGCGUUGGCUCGCUUCAACACGCCGAAAACUUCGUAGAGACGAUUGGUGAACGGCUACAACAAGAAAGUUAUCAAACCAAAAACGUCAAUUUGAAUUGCACUCUGCCAAUCAGUUUGCUAUCUCGAGACCAUUUGUUACGACUUUAUCUGCGCGACACACUCAAGCUUGACACGCUCGCUGCUCCACGCGAUCCAAAAGACCCAUUCAAGCAUAUCAUUGCUGCACAGAUCAAGGGUAAAUUUGGUGUCGGGUUGUGGAAUAACGGCCCUUUGCGAAUGACAGUAAUUGUCGAACACGAGCCUACGGCACAGGAGCAUAUGUUUUUGACCCAAGUAGAAAAGCCUGUCCUUAAAGUGCGAACAAAGCGACGAAAGGGGAAAGUGCAAAUUUGGGGUGAUUCUCGAGCCACUGUUGUAGAGGCACUCAAGGCGCUGAAGGACACUGAAGCUUCUUCACUUACUACUAUACCACCUGCACCACAAACUGCACAAGCAACAUUAUCCGAGGUACAUUUAGUCCACGAAUCAGCCUACGUUGGAGGAAGAUACAUCAAGAACUCUCGUGAAUACAGUCAAACACCAUGGAGUGUCAAGGGCAAAAAGCUGGCAGAGAACAGUGUGUCAGAAUGCAUCUGUGAGGUGCUCAAAAAGUAUUACCGAUGUGAUGAUUACAAGUUUGUUUCGUCAGGUCGAGAAGAUGCGAAUGUGCGGAUGCUUGGCACUGGACGGCCGUUCUAUUGUGAACUCGUUAACCCUCGCAAAAUAAAAUUCGAAAAGAGCGAGUUGACUGCGAUGCAAGACGAGAUAAACUCAUUACCUUCCAAGGACGAUGUACAAUUGCGGGAUUUGACGUCGAUAAAACCAAAUGAUACAAAGACGAUCAAGGAAGGUGAAGAAUUCAAACGGAAAACAUACAGAGCCUUGGUAUGGGUAUCUAGUCCAGUGACGGACGAGAUGCUCGAAAAAGUAAACCAGGCAGGAUCGAAUCCAUUCAAAAUCCAACAAAACACACCAGUUCGCGUAUUUCAAAGACGAUCUGGAAUCGUCCGUGAAAAAGAGAUACAUUUUUGCAAAGCAGCAAGACCGGCUAAUGUCAAGGAGGACGCCCAAGAAGCCGAAAAACACUUUGCAGUGGUGACCUUGAACACUCAAGCAGGCACAUAUAUUAAGGAGUUUGUCCAUGGUGAUCUCGGCCGAACACAGCCCAACUUUGCAUCACUUGCAGGUGUCCAAGCGGCUGAUUUGAUUGAGCUGGAUGUCACUGCAGUAGAUUUGGCAUGGCCACCGUCCCAAAAAUAAUAGCAAUGAAAUAUAAUAACAGUG